GUAACAUUAAAUCGUAGCGCUAGCCGAGAGCAACAAGACUUCAAAUUGGUUGACUAUUGAUUGAUUGACUGACUGGUUGGUUGAGUUUGUGGUUGGUUGGUUGCUUGAUUGGUUGUUUGAUUGAUUAUUUGAAUAGUUGACUCGGUGGCAGCUUUGAGUUCUAUAUUGUCCUCAACAUCCCAGCCAAAACAAGUUUUUUUGACUGCUUGCACAAUGACCCUUGCAACUCAUCCAAGCUUGUCAGAUCUUCCGAGCUUCCGAUUGUAUAUUUUUGUGGCCAUCCGGGAGCCAUGGGAACGAAAACUUGUGGAGAUCCUGGAGCUGAAAUCAGCAGAUCUUCUGGUGCCGAUGUCGCGGAGGGGCUUUGCCAGGACAUUUUUGAUGACCAUUUCUUCCAGGAGUAUUGGGAACGCAGACCACUGCACUACUGCUCGGCCGACAAAGGAUCCAGUGCAAAUCGUUUGCCAGAAGCACUGUUCGCAGACGAUCUGGCAGCUGCAAUUGAUAGCGCUGCAGGCAUGAAUCUCAAGAUGUUCAGAUCUAAUGAAAUGAGCGACUUGAAGAGUCCCUGGCACUCAUACUUGGCUGGAUUCUCUAUGGUGAUCAAUCAGGCUAGGUUUGACACACAUGUGCAUAAUGUCCAUGGUGCGGUCUUGCUGAGUCAUUUGCUCCGAAGUUAUUCUUGGUCUGAGGCGGAUCGCCAUCACAAAGUGCUUUUUGAUCUGUGCAAAGGUCUUGCGAAUCGUCACUUUCAUCAUGUCUUCGCAGUAGUGUACUUAACGCCACCUGGAUCGCAGGCGGUCCGAGUGCACACCGACGACCAAGAUGUUAUUCUGCUUCAAGUUUGGGGAAGCAAGCACUGGACCUUGUACAAUGCUCCCACGCAUUUGCCAUACACAGAGGAGAUGCUUGGCAAAGAACAAGCAGUGCCAGAGAAUUUGAUUGGAAAGAAGGAGAUGGACUUCACAAUUCAUCCUCACGAUGUCCUCUACAUUCCGCGUGGGCAUUUGCAUGAGGCAGCAACAAGCUCUGAACCCUCUUUACAUAUCACCCUUACUGUGCCGACAAGUGACUUCUGUUGGGGUGUGCAGAUGGUGAAGCACCUCAAUACGCAUUUGAGGAAUGAGCCUUUCAGGCCAGAUUUGCGUUCCCUCUGCCAGGCCUCCUUGGCACAAUGCUUGACAGGCCCAGCUCAGCACAGCGAGGAGGAAUUAGAUUCCCAGAUUCAGGAAGUAUUGUCUACUUGGACAUCUAGCCUGAGUGCAAAAGCUGUGCUCAACGCCUUUGAGCAUCGGAUGGACAAAGCAAAUUUUGGCCAGGAGCAGCAAUUUGCCCGGCUUUCCGGCGAAGGCUCUAUGGCAUUGAUCACUCGAAACAGGAGGGUGCGGCUGAUGCAUGGAAUCGUCUGCCUUUGCGAAGAAGGUAGUGAAGAAGCAAUCUUUGCGCGGCCGGAUGGCCGCUGCAUGAAGAUGAAGAUCACAAUUUCAGCCUCCAAGCUGAUUCGUUCACUCACAGCCACACCUCAAUGGGUGAGGGACUUGCCGUGCACAGAUGGGUUCGAGAGACUAUGCAUCCUGCACGUACUCUUGGACGCUGGGGUAAUCCAAGUCUUUUUGCAUGGCCCGGAAGAAAGCUUGGAGACGAACGAGCACUCCAAGCAAUGAGACAAGUCCAAGAAGUCCGUAGGAACGAUUUGUACAUAUGCCGCAUCAUAUGCCUUUGUUUUAUUUGAACCAAGUGGACAGCGGGAAAAAAUCAUCCAUCAAAGUGUCCUCUCCAAAU